CCCCAUUCCCACCCGCACCCUGUCGCCGUCCCCUCCUCCCACGCUGGCGCAUCGAGGCCCUUUCCGGAAAGUGGAGUGGAGGGGCGUCCGGAGAGGGCGCCGCGGGAGCCCACGAGACUGGCAGCCUUCUGGGCUGUCCCAGGUUUGCAGGCAACAUGGGCGUGCUCCGGGCGGGACUGUGUCCUGGCCUCACGGAGGAGGUGGUCCAGCUCCUGAGGGGCCGAAGGAUCAGAACAGUGGUGGACCUGGCCGGUGCAGACCUGGAGCAGGUAGCCCAGCAGUGUGGCUUGUCCUAUAAGGCCCUGGUUGCGCUGAGGCGGGUGCUGCUGGCUCAGUUCUCAGCUUUCCCCUUAAAUGGCGCAGACCUCUAUGAGGAACUGAAGACCUCCACUGCCAUCCUGUCCACAGGCAUUGCAAGUCUGGACAAAUUACUUGAUGCUGGUCUCUAUACUGGAGAGUUGACUGAAAUUGUAGGAGCUCCAGGUAGCGGCAAAACCCAGGUAUGUCUCUGUGUGGCUGCAAACGUGGCCCACAGCCUGCAGCAGAAUGUCCUGUAUAUCGAUUCCAAUGGAGGGAUGACAGCAUCCCGCCUCCUCCAGUUACUGCAGGCUAGAACCCAAGAUGAGGAGAAACAGGCAGAAGCUCUCCAGAGGAUACAAGUGGUGCAUGCCUUUGACAUCUUCCAGAUGCUGGAUGUGCUGCAGGACCUCCGGGGCACUGUGGUCCAGCAGGUGACAGGUUCUUCAGGAACUGUAAAGGUGGUGAUCGUGGACUCAGUCACUGCGGUAGUUGCCCCACUCCUGGGAGGUCAGCAGAGGGAAGGCCUGGCCUUGAUGAUGCAGCUGGCCCGAGAGCUCAAGACCCUGGCCCGGGACCUGGGUGUGGCAGUGGUGGUGACCAACCACUUGACCCGCGACAGGAGCAGUGGGAGGCUCAAACCUGCUCUGGGACGCUCAUGGAGCUUUGUGCCCAGCACCCGGAUUUUCCUGGACGUCACUGAUGGGGCCAGAGCAUCAGGCAGCGGCAGCCAGCGCACAGCGUGCCUAACCAAGUCUCCCCGCCAGCCAACAGGGGUGCAGGAGGUGGUAGAUAUUGGGACCUUGGGGACUGCGGAACAGAGUCCAGUGCUGCAGGGAGAACAAACGUGACUGGUGCUGUUGAUUGGAAAGGGGACAUCGUCACGGACCUCACAGCUUUCCCUCUCAGUCAUACUGCUGGCCACUGGCACUGCAGAAGGGUCAGGCUGCAAGAAGAGGUGCCUCCAUUUCUUCAGCUUUACCAUCUUGUGGAAGCACGUGGACCCGCCAGCCAGAGAAGGUCUUGCAGUUGGAGGACCCAGAAGCCCAUGGCAGUGCCACAUUUCCUUCUUUUGUGUCCACCAUCUGUGUUUCCAGUGGGAGUUGAGUUCGCUCUACCUAGGGACAUCACGGAAGAGUCACAGCAGUGACUGAACAGAUAGCAGCAUGGCCCUGUGGCUCUCACUACUGGAUUCUAAGCCCAGUCCUCCCAUAGUGAUUGGGCCAAAAACCACAAUCUUGUCUUUGCUUCCCUCUCUCUUUUGUUUAUUUUGGCCUCUUUUUCUAUCUGUAAACGGGAUGCUUUCCCCUAGCUCUUGUCGCUGAGUUACUGGAUAGAAAUAACCUCAGAAAUGCAAAAACUCUUUCAUCUGUGUCUAACUCUUAAAAAAUAUAUAAAAAAGAAGUCCUCUGAGUCCCCAAAGCCACCUGAUCCCCCCUACCCUGCCCCCAGAAGGUUGUUUUUCAGUUUCCUCCAGUGAGGCUCCCAAAGAACCAUGAAUCUUCCUUUCCCCUUGCUGAUUUGGUUUCACAUACCUGCAUGCAUCACCCUGACUAGGUGAGAAUGAGAGCUUGCUGUUGUCCCAGGGAUAUAAUUUACCAAGGAGGAAGGAUAUGACCUGCUCCUGGUGAAUCCAGCUACCUUCUUCCUAUUCAUGGUGCCCUGUGGGGACUUCCACAGUAUAGAGUAACCAGAGGUGCUGAACCAUGGCCUUACCCAUAAACAGACAGAGGAUAAUUUGCACAGUAAAUACAGCCAGCUGGGAAAAUUGAUGCUGGCAUAAAUAAUACAUGGCAAAUCUAGUCCUUUAUGCAGAAAUUCAUUGCUCGUGGCUCCAAGAUGCAAUAUAAUUACACCUCUCGUCCUGUCAGCUGUACCACAGCCUUGUGCCUUCGUGUAUGAAAUAACCCCCUGUCUGUUAUCAACACUGUGGCCAUCCAUCUGAGAGUUGUAACUGGGUGGGAGGGGAGCAUGGUACCAAGGACUGGAAAGUAGAAGGCGGAGCAGAGAAAUGAUCAGGUUUGUUUACUGACCACAAUUUUUAAAGGAAGGUCACUUUUGGUUAGACAGCUUAUUGUAUAAUAGUUGUGUCUUGACUGCAGGAAAAGGGGAUCAGAGUUACACUUAGAAAACAUGGCAUUUAGGGCCAGUGAGAUGGCUCAGUCGAUAAAGGUGCUUGCCACCAAGCCUGAUAACAUGUUUGAUCUCCGUAUUCCACAUAGUGGAAGGAAAGAACUGACUCCUGCAAGUUGUCCUCUUAAAAUAAAUUAAAAUAGAAGAUAUGACAGGUGAUGGAUGAAUUAUAGACAGAAGCAAGUCUAGAUGAUGGAGAGUAAGUAGCAAAAUGGCACAGGUGAGGACAGGGUGGGUGAACCAGGACCCUGAUACUUGUUGCUACAGAAGAUCCCAGGAGAAAUCAGUCUAACAUCUUUACAUACAAUAGGUGAUUGGCAGGUUCCUGUGAGAAUAAUACAUUAAGCCAGGAGUGUACACAUCCCUGCCACUCCUGGUGGUGUUUGGGCAUCCAGAACCCAAAACCCUUUUUUGGGGGGAGGGGGGUCAUUUUGAGACAGGGUCUCCUUGUAGCCUCAGCUGGCCUGGAACUCACUAUGUAGACCAGGCUGGCCUCGAACUCACAGAGAUCUGCCUCCCAAGUGCUGGGAUUAAAGGCAUCCGCCACCAUGGCCGGCCACUCACAGUCAUUCUUACAGAGUAUUUUACAAUGUUUCUCAAUGCAGUUUCUCAAGGAAUCACUACUAUUUGGGGAGUCUGGCAUUCAAGGAGGAACCUGGUUACUCCUUCUGUCCUUGGUGGAUCUGCCCUGUUUCCUGCAGUUGGUGAUUUCAAGUACUUCAUACCUGCCAGUACUCUAGAACAGGGAAGUGUGAGGAGCCCUUAUAGGUCAUCUCUCGCCUGGGUUAUCAUUUUUUGCAGUGCUGGAGUUCAAACCCAGUAUCUUAUACAUACUAAGCAAAGGCUCCACCACUGAGCUACAUCCCCAACCCCCAUCUCAGAGACAGAACCUGAGGCUUCAAGUAGAAUUGUGACAGUUCCAUUGGCAGAAUUAUCUGCCCUCCAUGUCCAUUUUUUCUCUUGUUCUUUCCGUGGGAGCUUCUGAAGGAGUGAGCUUUAAUGCAUUUUAGAUAUCAAAGGGCGGCCUAAGGGUAGAGUACUUGCCUAGCACAUGCAAGGCCCUGGAUUUGAUCCUCAGUCCUGGCGGGGGGGGGGGCAUGGGAAUGUGUUUCCUCUUGAUCUAAGUAGCCAUUAUUAGGUCCCCACAGUCUUUUGUAAUUUUUUUCACCUUGAUAUAAGAGGUUAUCCUAUGUCUUUAUUUGAAAUGAGACAAAAUGUUAAGGCCCUACUAUGUGCUAGCACUUGAUGGCUUUGAGUCGGGAACUGGAACUCUCAAAGACCUUCAAGCAAAAAGAUCCAUGUAUUAUUGAGGCUGUUUUCCACUGCAAGUAACAAAACCCUACUUAAAGAGGCAUCAACUAUAAGAAAGGAUACUCAUCUCUGAUAAUGUGAAGUCCAAGGUUGGUUAAUGCAGUGGCUCACUGUGGAGAAGCAUACAUCCAUCUCUGUUCUCUUUCUGUGUUGGUUUUCUCUUCAAACUUGCCCUCAUUAAAACCUGGCUACGGUCACAAGCAUUAAUCCAGACAUGACAAUAUCUACGGACAAGAAAUGGAUCGCCUACUCCUUAUGUCCUCUGAAGAACAAGUUAAAUACAGUUUCUUCCUAGGUCCUGCCAACCUGCUUUCAAUCUCAUUGGUCUAGAAUUGCAUCAUACACCAUGUCUAAUUCAGUAAAAACAA